GUCCUCGCGCGAGCGGGACACUGUGGUGGAUGCGAUUCCCCUCGCCUCCAGCCGCCAGGAGCUCCCCGGCGCCGCGGGCAGCGUCCUCCUCCGAAGCAGCUGCACCUGCACCUGGGCAGCCUGGACCCUCGCGCCUUGUCCCCCGGACCUCGCGCGGGGGGCGCCCCGGGACACCCCCUGCGGGCCGGGUGGAGGAGGAAGAGGAGGAGGAGGAAGAAGACGUGGACCGGGACCCCCGUCCUACCCAGAACACCUGCCUGCGCUGCCGCCACUUCUCUUUGAGGGAGAGGAGAAGAGAGCCGGGGAGAACCAUGGGGGGCUGCGAAGUCCGGGAAUUUCUUUUGCAAUUUGGUUUCUUCUUGCCUCUGCUGACAGCGUGGCCAGGCGACUGCAGUCACGUCUCCAACAACCAAGUUGUGUUGCUUGAUACAACCACUGUGCUGGGAGAGCUAGGAUGGAAGACAUACCCACUCAAUGGGUGGGAUGCCAUCACUGAAAUGGAUGAACAUAAUAGGCCCAUUCACACGUACCAGGUAUGUAAUGUAAUGGAACCAAACCAAAACAACUGGCUUCGUACAAACUGGAUCUCCCGUGAUGCAGCUCAGAAAAUUUAUGUGGAAAUGAAAUUCACACUGAGGGAUUGUAACAGCAUCCCAUGGGUCUUGGGGACUUGCAAAGAAACAUUUAAUCUGUUUUAUAUGGAAUCAGAUGAGUCCCAUGGAAUUAAAUUCAAGCCAAACCAGUACACAAAGAUCGACACAAUUGCUGCUGAUGAGAGUUUUACCCAGAUGGAUUUGGGUGAUCGCAUCCUGAAACUCAACACUGAAAUUCGUGAGGUGGGGCCUGUAGAAAGGAAAGGAUUUUAUCUGGCUUUUCAAGACAUUGGGGCGUGCAUUGCCCUCGUUUCAGUCCGUGUUUUCUACAAGAAGUGUCCCUUCACUGUUCGUAACUUGGCCAUGUUUCCUGAUACCAUCCCAAGGGUUGAUUCCUCCUCUUUGGUUGAAGUACGGGGUUCUUGUGUGAAGAGUGCUGAAGAGCGAGACACUCCUAAACUGUAUUGUGGAGCUGAUGGAGAUUGGCUGGUUCCUCUUGGAAGAUGCAUCUGCAGUACAGGAUUUGAAGAAAUUGAGGGUUCCUGCCAUGCUUGCAGACCAGGAUUCUAUAAAGCUUUUGCUGGGAACACAAAAUGUUCUAAAUGCCCUCCACAUAGUUUAACAUACAUGGAAGCAACUUCUGUCUGUCAGUGUGAAAAGGGUUAUUUCCGAGCUGAAAAAGACCCACCUUCUAUGGCAUGUACCAGGCCACCUUCAGCUCCUAGGAAUGUGGUUUUUAACAUCAAUGAAACAGCCCUUAUUUUGGAAUGGAGCCCACCAAGUGACACAGGAGGGAGAAAAGAUCUCACAUACAGUGUAAUCUGUAAGAAAUGUGGCUUAGACACCAGCCAGUGUGAGGACUGUGGUGGAGGACUCCGCUUCAUCCCAAGACAUACAGGCCUGAUCAACAAUUCCGUGAUAGUACUUGACUUUGUGUCUCACGUGAAUUACACCUUUGAAAUAGAAGCAAUGAAUGGAGUUUCUGAGUUGAGUUUUUCUCCCAAGCCAUUCACAGCGAUUACAGUGACCACGGAUCAAGAUGCACCUUCCCUGAUAGGUGUGGUAAGGAAGGACUGGGCAUCCCAAAAUAGCAUUGCUCUAUCAUGGCAAGCACCUGCUUUUUCCAAUGGAGCCAUUCUGGACUACGAGAUCAAGUACUAUGAGAAAGAACAUGAGCAGCUGACCUACUCUUCCACAAGGUCCAAGGCCCCCAGCGUCAUCAUCACGGGGCUUAAGCCAGCCACCAAGUACGUAUUUCACAUCCGCGUGAGAACCGCGACGGGAUACAGUGGCUACAGUCAGAAAUUUGAAUUUGAAACAGGAGAUGAAACUUCUGACAUGGCCGCAGAACAAGGACAGAUUCUCGUGAUAGCCACCGCGGCUGUUGGCGGCUUCACUCUCCUCGUCAUCCUCACUUUAUUCUUCUUGAUCACUGGGAGAUGUCAAUGGUACAUAAAAGCCAAGAUGAAGUCAGAAGAGAAGAGAAGAAACCACUUACAGAAUGGGCAUUUGCGCUUCCCGGGAAUUAAAACUUAUAUUGAUCCAGAUACAUAUGAAGACCCAUCCCUAGCAGUCCAUGAAUUUGCAAAGGAGAUUGAUCCCUCAAGAAUUCGCAUUGAGAGAGUCAUUGGGGCAGGUGAAUUUGGAGAAGUCUGUAGUGGGCGUUUGAAGACACCAGGGAAAAGAGAGAUCCCAGUUGCCAUUAAAACUUUGAAAGGCGGCCACAUGGAUCGGCAAAGAAGGGAUUUUCUAAGAGAAGCUAGUAUCAUGGGCCAGUUUGACCAUCCAAAUAUCAUUCGCCUGGAAGGUGUUGUCACAAAAAGAUCCUUCCCGGCCAUUGGGGUGGAGGCGCUUUGCCCCAGCUUCCUGAGGGCAGGGUUUUUAAAUAGCAUCCAGGCCCCGCAUCCAGUGCCAGGGGGAGGAUCUUUGCCCCCCAGGAUUCCUGCUGGCAGACCAGUAAUGAUUGUGGUGGAAUAUAUGGAGAAUGGAUCCCUAGACUCCUUUUUGCGGAAGCAUGAUGGCCACUUCACGGUCAUCCAGUUGGUUGGAAUGCUCCGAGGCAUCGCAUCGGGCAUGAAGUAUCUUUCUGAUAUGGGUUAUGUUCAUCGAGACCUAGCGGCUCGGAAUAUAUUGGUCAAUAGCAACUUGGUAUGCAAAGUUUCUGAUUUUGGUCUCUCCAGAGUGCUGGAAGAUGAUCCAGAAGCUGCUUAUACGACAACCGGUGGAAAAAUCCCCAUAAGGUGGACAGCUCCAGAAGCCAUCGCCUACAGAAAAUUCUCCUCAGCAAGUGAUGCGUGGAGCUAUGGCAUUGUCAUGUGGGAGGUCAUGUCCUAUGGAGAGAGGCCUUACUGGGAAAUGUCUAACCAAGAUGUCAUUCUGUCCAUUGAAGAAGGGUACAGACUUCCAGCUCCCAUGGGCUGUCCAGCAUCUCUACACCAACUGAUGCUCCAUUGCUGGCAGAAGGAGAGAAAUCACAGACCAAAAUUUACUGACAUUGUCAGCUUCCUUGACAAACUGAUCCGAAAUCCCAGUGCCCUUCACACCCUGGUGGAGGACAUCCUUGUAAUGCCAGAGUCCCCUGGUGAAGUUACCGAAUAUCCUUUGUUUGUCACGGUUGGUGACUGGCUAGAUUCUAUAAAGAUGGGGCAAUACAAGAAUAACUUCAUGGCAGCAGGAUUUACAACUUUUGACCUGAUUUCAAGAAUGAGCAUUGAUGACAUUAGAAGAAUUGGAGUCAUACUCAUUGGACACCAGAGACGCAUAGUCAGCAGUAUACAGACUUUACGUUUACACAUGAUGCACAUACAGGAGAAGGGAUUUCAUGUAUGA